CCCGGGGUUGCAGACUCCGCUGGCCCGCUGGCUCACACUGGGUCGAGCCGCCGAGCAGGCAUGGGAGCCGAGCGCGUUCUCCGGGCGCCCACACCUGUCUGAGUGGCACAGGGCUGCAGCCGGAGAGGCAGCACUCAGCAUGGCGGGGAUCCCAGGGCUCUUCACCCUUCUGCUCCUCCUGCUCUGUGUGUUCAGGCAGGGGAGUCCCUACGCCAGUCCGUGGAAACCCACUUGGCCGGCUUACCGCCUCCCUGUAGUCUUGCCUCAGUCUACCUUCAACUUAGCAAAGCCAGACUUUGAUGCCAAAGCCAAAUUGGAAGUGUCCUCCUCCUGCGGACCCCAGUGUCACAAGGGAACACCACUGCCCACCUACGAAGAGGCCAAACAGUACCUUUCCUAUGAAACCCUCUACGCCAACGGCAGCCGCACUGAGACUCAAGUGGGCAUCUACAUCCUCAGCAAUGGCCAAGGCAGGGCGCAAGGCAGAGACUCCGUGGCCACGGGAAAAUCUCGCAGGAAAAGGCAGAUUUAUGGCUAUGACGGCAGGUUUAGCAUCUUCGGGAAGGAUUUCCUGCUAAACUACCCCUUCUCAACAUCCGUGAAGCUGUCUACGGGCUGCACCGGCACCCUGGUGGCAGAAAAGCACGUCCUUACGGCUGCGCACUGCAUUCACGAUGGGAAAACCUACGUGAAAGGGACGCAGAAACUCCGAGUGGGCUUCCUGAAGCCCAAGUAUAAAGAUGGCAGCGGAGUGGGCAACAGCUCGAGCGCAGCCAUGCCUGAUAAGAUGAAAUUUCAGUGGAUCCGGGUGAAACGCACCCAUGUGCCCAAGGGGUGGAUCAAGGGCAAUGCCAACGAUAUCGGCAUGGAUUAUGACUACGCCCUUCUGGAACUCAAGAAACCCCACAAAAGGAAGUUCAUGAAGAUUGGGGUGAGCCCUCCAGCUAAGCAGCUCCCAGGAGGCAGGAUCCACUUCUCUGGUUACGACAAUGACCGGCCAGGCAAUUUGGUGUACCGCUUCUGUGAUAUCAAGGAUGAGACCUAUGACCUUCUCUAUCAGCAGUGUGAUGCCCAGCCUGGGGCCAGUGGUUCAGGGGUCUAUGUGAGGAUGUGGAAGAGGCCACAGCAGAGAUGGGAAAGGAAAAUUAUUGGCAUCUUUUCGGGCCACCAGUGGGUGGACAUGAACGGCUCUCCACAGGAUUUCAACGUGGCAGUCAGAAUCACUCCUCUUAAAUAUGCACAGAUUUGCUACUGGAUUAAAGGAAACUAUUUGGAUUGCAGAGAGGGUUGAAGCUGCUUCUUCCUGCCAGCACUCCAGGGGCUUUUGGCACUCAUUGUAGGAGAUGCCAGCUUCUUAUCAUGGACUCUUGUGUGUGUGUGUGUGUGUGUGUGUGUGUUUGUGUGUGUGUGUGAUAUAAUGCCUUUUACCCAGCAUUCUUCAAAUGGCAAAAUGAUUGGCUUUAUUAUUUGAAAACUGUGGUGUGUGUUUAUAGUGAUUAAACAGUCUGAAAGCAUACUUUUGUAUACAGAUUUCAAAAUACUGAUGUUUGUGGCAAUAGGCGAUAUUUGGCAAUUAAGUUAAACUUUCAGGUUUUUUUUACAGCUUGAUUUUUGUCUUAUCCAAACUUGCAUAAAAAGGUCUAUAUUAACUAUGUGACAUAUGGAGGAUAUGAAUUCUUAUGUUUGUAUAUGAAUGUGUUUUCUUCUGAGAGUCAUAUAUUGAUAUUUUUGUAAUGUGUUGUUAUAAUGCAUCUGGAUGGCAACAUCAUAGCACUUCAAUAGGCAAUUGUAAUAUUUGGAUUCAGCAUUUACAUAGUAGUCCUUGAAGAGAAACAAUAAUUUAUUGGCUAUGUUGAUACACCUAUAAAACUGUAUCUUACAGUGAACAGAGUUUUCAUGCUGCUUUUAGUCUUGAAAAUAAAACUUUCUCUUCCAAAAAC